UUGGCGGAGGCUCCUCAGGGGACUAGGGGACCGAUCUGCGUAGAAGCGGGUGGCGGGGAAGAGGGGAGGAGAUCUCAGAGUGGGAAGCGGAGCCGGGGGCCCGAGACCCGUCGCGUCAGAGCCAGGCAAGUGAACCGGAGCAAACGACUUCCGAUCCAGUCUGCGCUGCUGCGGCUCCCUUUUGGGAUUUGAUUUGCAGCAUCUUCGAGCCUGUGCAACAAAAAACCGCGAAGCACGCCCAGCCCUCCCCGGCACCCUUUUACGCACCCACUCCCUCCCGGGGACACAGCUGGGCGCGUUCACACCCCCGCACCCCCCACACCAUGUUGUGCGGAAGGACUUCCACUCCCUGCCUCUGUCGUUGAUGUCAGACCCCAGGCCAGCCUCCGGGCGCUGCAGUUCUCCCGGCUAAUGCUGAGGCUGCGGCUCCGGCUCUAGCACAGGAACCAGCCGCCGCCGCGCCCGGCCCCAGCGCCCACCGUCUGCAUGUGCCCGCCGUAGCCUUCUGCCCAGCCCGCAGCCCGCGCUCCCCGGAGCGCUGGAGACCACCGCGGGGGGCCCCUUCUGCUCUUGGGAGAAGCAGUCUUGGAGGUAUUGAUUUCGGUGGUUGAAUUUUUCCCGUGGAUCUAUCAAUUCACAAUUUGAAUUUGGAAGAAAGAAGGAAAACAUGACGUCUCCGGCCAAAUUCAAAAAGGAUAAGGAGAUCAUAGCAGAGUACGAUACUCAGGUCAAAGAAAUCCGUGCCCAGCUCACAGAGCAGAUGAAAUGCCUGGACCAGCAGUGUGAGCUCCGGGUGCAGCUGCUGCAGGACCUGCAGGACUUCUUCCGGAAGAAGGCAGAGAUCGAGAUGGACUACUCCCGCAACCUGGAGAAGCUGGCCGAGCGCUUCCUGGCCAAGACGCGCAGCACCAAGGACCAGCAGUUCAAGAAGGAUCAGAAUGUUCUCUCUCCAGUCAACUGCUGGAAUCUCCUCUUAAACCAGGUGAAGCGGGAGAGCAGGGACCACACCACCCUGAGUGACAUCUACCUGAAUAAUAUCAUUCCUCGAUUUGUUCAAGUCAGUGAGGACUCAGGAAGACUCUUUAAAAAGAGUAAAGAAGUCGGCCAGCAGCUCCAAGAUGAUUUGAUGAAGGUCCUGAAUGAGCUCUACUCGGUCAUGAAGACCUAUCACAUGUACAAUGCCGACAGCAUCAGUGCUCAGAGCAAGCUAAAGGAGGCAGAGAAGCAGGAGGAGAAGCAAUUUGGAAAAUCGGUAAAGCAGGAAGACCGGCAGACCCCACGCUCCCCUGACUCCUCGUCCAAUGUCCGCAUUGAAGAGAAGCAUGUCCGGAGGAGCUCAGUGAAGAAGAUUGAGAAGAUGAAGGAGAAGCGCCAAGCCAAGUACACAGAGAAUAAGUUGAAGGCCAUUAAAGCCCGGAAUGAGUACUUACUGGCUCUGGAGGCAACCAAUGCAUCUGUCUUCAAGUACUACAUCCACGACCUGUCCGACCUUAUUGAUGUAAGUAAAAUGAAGGAGUACCUGGAAGGCAGGAACCUCAUCACCAAGCUACAAGCCAAGCACGACCUUCUCCAGAAAACCCUGGGAGAAAGUCAGCGGACAGAUUGCAGUCUGGCCAGGCGUAGCUCAACCGUGAGGAAGCAGGAUUCCAGCCAGGCAAUUCCUCUGGUGGUAGAAAGCUGUAUCCGGUUUAUCAGCAGACACGGUAAGCAGGAUUACAGCCUUGCCCAUAUUUGUGCAAAGUGGGAAAGACCUUCCAGGAAUUCUUUGCAGAGUAAGAAUAGAGCCCGAGAGCGAGGUUUAAAUUACAGCCGUGAUGUGAGUAAGUACAGCUGCUAUGAUGUGAUGAAGGGCUCCGAUGCCCAGAAAAGCAGGUGGCAAUUUGUGGAACUUCUGCUCUUGCUCUUGGCAGUGCCUCCCAUGAUUGUGUUUUCUGGGCGUUCAUGCGAGUGCUUUCCAGCUUGCCCCUUUCCCCUCUCCUCCAGUUUAUCACAGUUCAGUGAAGAGAACAUGAUGGACCCCUACAACCUCGCCAUCUGCUUCGGGCCCUCACUGAUGUCAGUGCCUGAGGGCCACGACCAGGUGUCCUGCCAAGCCCACGUGAACGAGCUGAUCAAAACCACCAUCAUCCAGCAUGAGAACAUCUUCCCAACCCCCAGGGAGCUGGAGGGCCCCGUCUACAGCAGAGGAGGAAGCACGGAGGACUACUGUGACAGCCCUCAUGGAGAGACUACCUCGGCUGAGGACUCAACCCAGGACGUGACCACAGAGCACCACACGAGCGAUGAUGAGUGUGAGCCCAUCGAGGCCAUUGCCAAGUUUGACUACGUGGGCCGGACAGCCCGAGAGCUGUCCUUCAAGAAGGGGGCAUCCCUGCUGCUUUACCAGCGGGCUUCCGAUGACUGGUGGGAAGGCCGGCACAAUGGCAUCGACGGACUCAUCCCCCAUCAGUACAUCGUGGUCCAAGACACCGAGGACGGUGUCGUGGAGAGGUCCAGCCCCAAGUCUGAGAUUGAGGUCAUUUCUGAGCCACCUGAAGAAAAGGUGACAGCCAGAGCGGGGGCCAGCUGUCCCAGUGGGGGUCAUGUAGCCGAUAUUUAUCUUGCAAACAUCAACAACACCUUACAUCUCGAGAACUCAAAGCCCACAACCACCAAGCAAAGGAAGCGGCCAGAAUCUGGGAGCAUCCGGAAGACAUUUCGGAGUGACAACCAUGGGCUGAGCAGUUCCCUGACUGACUCGGCCUCCCCGGGGGUGGGGGCUAGCUGCCGCCCAUCUUCCCAGCCCAUCAUGAGCCAGAGUCUCCCCAAGGAAGGGCCAGAUAAGUGUUCCAUCAGUGGGCAUGGGAGCCUCAACUCCAUCAGCCGCCACUCAUCCCUGAAGAAUCGGCUGGACAGCCCACAGAUCCGGAAGACGGUGACAGCAGGAAGGUCAAAGAGCUUCAAUAACCAUCGGCCCGUGGACCCUGAGGUCAUUGCACAGGAUAUUGAGGCAACUAUGAACUCUGCCCUGAACGAGCUGCGCGAGCUAGAGCGGCAGAGCAGCGUCAAGCACACCCCUGAUGUGGUUCUGGACACCUUGGAGCCCCUCAAAACCUCCCCGGCGGUGGCCCCCACAUCGGAGCCCUCCAGCCCCCUGCACGCCCAGCUCCUCAAGGACCCUGAGCCUGCCUUCCAACGCAGUGCCAGCGCUGCUGGGGACAUGGCCUGCGCCUUCCGGCCCGUCAAGUCCGUCAAGAUGGCUGCCCCGGUCAAGCCGCCGGCCACACGACCCAAGCCCGCUGUCUUCCCCAAGGCAAAUGCCACUAGCCCUGGCGUCAACUCACCAACUUCCCCACAGUCCACUGACAAGUCUUGUACUGUCUGAGGGAUGUAAUUUAAUCGUUCUAGACAAGGGGACUGGAGGGACUGACUGUUACUACAAAUCUUCCUAUUUAACUAGCUUGGGGACUUCAGCUGAAAAUUAGAUUCUAAGUUGUUCUUGCCGGAAUUAGCCUUCCCAUCACCCAAAACCUUGAGAACGAAGCCCUCGUUAUCACCCUGCUCUGCCCUUCCCGCUGCCCUCCGCUCCUCCCCGUCGUCGUAAUCCAGCCCGCUGCAGUACAUACUGUUCUUAGGUCAGCCAGAGAUAGAUUUUUCCAUUAUCAGGUCACUGUGAAAUCUGGCACGGCGAGUCAUGGGGACACGGGUUCACGUCUCCGUCCCCUCGGACACAGGGGAUGCCUGACCAGAUGGUUGGCUACUGACAGCCAGCUCUCAGUGGCAUCUUGUUUUGGGUACUGACUAUAGAGAACCAUAUAUAGUCCAUUCUUCGUUUUACACACGCACACACACGCACACACACGCACACGCACGCACACAGGUUUUUUCUAGUCUCUGGCAUGUGUAGCCUCUCCUGGUCCCAGACCAGUCUCUUUGUAAGUCAAUGUGGCAGUUCACGCAAGAGCCACCAGGGGCCUCUGUUUCCAUUACAAAUCUUGUUCUGUCUGGGCCAGAGAACUAGCCUUUGAAAUCUCUCCAUCAUAAAAAAUUGAGCAGGAUGGAACUCAAUCCUGUAAUCUGUUUGGGGUUGGGGGCUUUCUCUGUGUCUUCUCUCUAUUGGUGUGAAUUGGUCAUUGGUGUUUGCUUUUGCUCUCCUCCAUCCUCUAGGAAUACAACCCAGUCUUUUUAUAAAACUUCUAAAGUUUUUCUGAAUGUAUAGACAUUUCUCGGGUUCCUGUCUUUGUCUCUGAUGGACCAUUUUCCAUUUAAGACAUUUUCCUAUGUAAGACAGUUUUAUUGCUGGUUCCUUUUAGGAUAAAGAGUCUUAAGAGAGUUUUAUUGUGUUUAUGGCAGGUUUGGAAAAGGUGAGAAAUGGGUCCUUCUUCCUCCCACUUUUUUGGGGCACUUAAGACAAUAUUCAUUAUCCUGUUCAAAAAUUAAAUUCAGCUUUGCUAACCCCCAAAGUGUUCCCAAAUGAAAAUAUAACCUAAGUUCACCUCUCUAGUUUGGCUUAUUCUCUAUAAGAUCUCUCUUCAGGGACCAACAGGGGCUUGGAGAGCCCUAGUUAGAUUAAAGAGAGAUAUUACUCCUUAAAACCUGCUUUCUUUUAUCCAAAUAAGGACAACUAAGAGAGCUUUGGCCCUACGGGCUCUAAAGUCUUCCCGAGGCCGGAAUCUAACAAAAAAUUGGAUGCUGAAUAUUUAGGCCUUCUGUUGGCCUUUUUUUCUGGUUCUCCUCCCCAAAAAGCGGAAAUGAUGCCCUUGCCUACUUUAAUCCGGUCUCUAAACCUGGUGCCCCUGGUCCCAGCUUCCCUGGCUUCAUGCUGUUGUGGCAAUAGCAGGGCUGGGGACAGUCACACUCCCGUUUCGUGAGUCUCAGACAGCUACGUGAGUUGAAGCUGAAGCUCAUUCCUCUUCUCUGUUUCCCGGUUUGAAAGCUAUGCUUUUAGCCUUAUUUUCUGUAGGUCAAGAGAGGCGGUGGGUUGCCAUUCAGAUAGGAAAAUCUGAGUUUCCUUAUGUUUAGCCUAGAAGAUUCCUUUUGGACCAACAUUCUGAAGUUGGCAGUUGGUGCUAUGGAAAGUGGUAGGAUUUUCCUCAUUCUGGGUGAAGGGAGGAGGAGCUUUGUGGGAAAUCGCUAAUUUUUAGAAGGCUAACCUGCAACACCAGGAAAACUAUCCCAAGAGCUAGAGAGGAGAAAGUGAGUCAGCCUGUGAGAAGCGACCCACAGGCCUCUGGAUUCUUGGCUUUUGUUUCUCUGUCCACUGGCCUGUCCUUGUCUCUCACGUGGACUUGCACAGGUCCUGAGCCAACAGGGGCUUUCGGAACCAAGGAUCUGUUUCCUUGAUGAAAAUGGAACCCCUGCCCUUCACUUUACAUUCUUUUUGAUCCAACUGAUCAAAAUUGGUACCCAUACCUGCCCUUUCCCCCUCCUUCCAGCACACUCCUCUCUGAGAAAGUCAAAGCAAAGCUUUCUGAAUGACAAAGCUUUGGGCCUAUUCUGUUGUUCCUGCCUUAUUUCUCUUGCAGCCCUUGUACAUGACUUGUGUCCACCAUCCCCUUGGUCAGUGUCCAUCUGCUGAUUCGCAUCACGAACUGGACAGUGUGUGAGUGGCCACCUACUCCCCCCCCCAGCUCUGGGAGCCAAGUUGUCUUCCCCUCUCUGGUGCUCCUGACACUUGUGAGACAGACCUGUCGAGAGGACUAGGAACCCACAGAAGGAGCCUCCUCGGCAGAGCUCCUGCAGUCAACUGGAAUUCAGGUUGCACACUGUGAUUUUUACACCGAAAAGCCAAAAGGAGCUGGCCAUCCGGGGCCUAGGGAGACCAGUCUUCCUCAGAUCUGCUCGCCUAAACCAGCAUGAUGCUUCAGAGAGCCCUGCUCUGCCCCUUGAGGCAUGGAUCCUUCUCUUGGUGUGGACUCAUGGGUCAGUCUUUGGGGGAACAGAGGUGGGGUGGGGCUCCCAGCAUCCCAAUUUGGAAAAGAGAGGAGUUUGCAGCCAGCAGAGCCUGUAAACUGGAAACACUGGUCUCAGCCAACCUCCUCAGGGCGCCCUGGUUUCUCCCCAAGGAGAGGAGAGGACACCAGCAACAGGAUGAACAGACCAUCGGAAGGGCUGGUGUGUGUGUACUCCACGUGCAGAAGAGAAGUUUAGAUCUUCCAGGGAAUUGCAAUGUUGUGGCGUCUGACUUGUAUGUCACGUUUGUGUAAAAUGGUAUAUUCUUUAAAAUAGUGUUGAUAACUGGAAUAUUGUAUGUAUGCUUGGAGAUGCUUUGUGUGAACCUAAGACUGUCACUCAACAGAUGUUGGAUUGGGGAAAAUCCAAAGCACAACUUCAAAAUAAAAUACGUUUUUAGGUUUCGA